UUCGAUAGACAAAAAGCUUGACGAGGCGGCCAUCCCUGGACGGACGAGCAAGAAAUAUUUCGACUCUACUGAAUUCGUAGCAAUUCACAACAAUGACAGCUCCCUCGACAGGGAACGUAGACAAACACAUCGACGAAGCUCAAACGAAAACGGCCGCUGAGCACUUUAAGGUGUUGCUCGAGAACGAGGACACCAUUGACCCCGAGCACAGUGAUCUGACGCCUGAAGAUCUGCCAAGCUGGUACGAUGCCGAAUUAUUUAAGGAAGGCCAAAACUACUACAGAAAAAAUCUACUGUCGAUGAACCUCGUCGGGCUGAUCGGGGUUCUAGCAGUUCUCGCGAUACCCAGCAUAUUAAAAAUAUUGGUCUUUACAAAAAAAAGCAGCACUCCUUGUACAGCCUUCACGAGAUAUUUGGAGACGAUUUUACACAUAAAUGCUCUUUACACGGGUGACAUAAGCGACGGAAAUUCAGAAUGGUGGAAAUCGUUGAAUACCAUUCGCUGGAAACACUCGACCGACAGCCGACGUUCGAGCAAGGCCCUGAUCGGUGGCAUUACACAUCGUGACAUGGCUCUAACGCAGUUCGGUUUUCUCGGGUACGCACUACUCGCCGCAGACAAAUUGUCCCUGACUAACGAACCCGAGGGCCGGGAAGGGCUCAACCAUUUUUGGCGAGUCGUCGGUCAUGUCCUUGGCAUUUCGGACAGAAUGAAUAUUUGUCGGAAGAACGAGAAAGAAACAACGGAACUGUGUAAACUACUUGUGGAAAAUGUUUACGCCAAUGAAAUGCGGAAAAACAAUGCCAAUUUUGAACACAUGAGCUCAGUACUCGUCGAUGGACUGUGGAGCGUCGAUCAAGCUCUGGACUAUCAAGCAAUCGUGUACUUGUGGUACGAACUCUCAGGCGUAACAUAUCCAGGAACCUUAAGCACGUACAGCUGGUUGAACAUGCAGUACCGCAGCUGGGUACUUUACUUCCUGGGGCUCCCAUACAUCGGACAUUUCGUCAGGAACGGUUUCAAUUAUUAUCUUCGUCUAAAUCAGUGGAUAGUAAAAAGAUGUCCGAUCGUAGCCUACUUAAGAUUCGGCAUAUCGAACGCGAGGAUAAAGCUCUAUCCAAAAAUCCCAACACAGAAGAGAAGUGAUUAAUGAUCAUAAGAUAAUAGCGAACGAGAAUUACCUUGAGUUAUACGAAACGAAACACCCGAAAUGGAGAGUCUCCGAAGGUGUUUAUUUUACCGACCGACCAUAAAUCAGAAUUUUUAAGUAACUUUGAUGAGUAAGAAAACGAAAUAAAAUCGACAGCCGAUGAACUUUGGAGUGGCGUCAGAAAAUAGUCCAAAUCGUAUCGUCGAUAAGGAAAAAACCUUUUUUUUAAUACUGGCGCGAUCAAAUAAAUUUGUAUCAUAGGAGCAUGGGGGCCAGAAGAUGGCGCCAGGAAAAAGCGAACCGAAUUGUCAUUUGCAAGCACGAUAUAAACAUAAAAUAGUGAAAAUUCCUAACCUUCGUUUCCUAAGUACUCGCAAAAUUUGACAAAUUCUUUUAAGGUCUUUCCCCCAUGAAAAGCGAUAAUAACAACAAUAACUGGUGCUCCCCGAAUACAAGUUCUUCAAAAUCUUCCUCAUGCAUUCGCGAUAAUUGUCAAUAAUUAUUUUUUAAUCUUCGACCAUGAUGGCGUGCCAUUGGAUGAAACGAUACUCGGGUGUUUAUUGACCCAACAUUGAAUUAUUAAGCAUUUAAGGUGACACCCGCACACACAGGCACACAAAUAAAUACGAAAACGAAAUCUCCACGUACAAAUAUAUACGAAGAGCUCGGAGAAUCGUGGCUACACGAGGGGCACUCGCGUGUGUACUCUACGACCUACGACGAUCGAUAGAAUCCCUUCCCCCUUAAUCUCGCACCCGAAUGAGAACCGCACGUUCGAGUCGAGUGUGUAUAUACAUAGAUAGCGAUAAAUAUGUAUAUAAAGAGGAAGGAAAAGCUUGGGCGUCUCUCGUUACUUCGUGUACGAUAAUAAAAAUCAAAUUUACAACAUUUCGUUCCAUUUGCUCGUGCGAUAUAAAAGCACGAUAUACACAUUUACUCGAAAAAUAACUAGAACAAUAAUACCACGUUAAUGUAUAACAAUAAAUAGAUCGAUAAAAAGUAAUAAAAAUACUUGGACCCACUUAA